GCCAAAAAUAAGAAACAGAAAAACAAAAACUUUUUUUUUUGGUUCACGCAAUUCAUAUGAACUGAAGAAAAAAUAUACAGAGAAAAAAUAAAUCCAUGGCGGCUUCAAAGAGCUAUUUCGCUAGAUCGAACUACCGGCUCCUAUCAAGUGACAGGAACGGAAACGUUUCAGUAACUUCCGACACGAUGUUUGAGCUGGAUGAAUCAGACGUGUGGAACUCACCGGCGGCACGUUCAUCGUCGCCGGAGUUUCAGAAAACUAGUUCAAGGAUUUCUAGAAAGCAGUCUGUUGCUAAAAGUGAUCGGAACAGUACAGGAGUAAAGGUAACGGCAGCAGCGGCUUCUAUGCCGGUAAACGUGCCAGACUGGUCGAAGAUACUGAAGAAUGAGUAUAGGGCGAAUCAGAGAAGAGAUAGCGAUGAUGACGGCGAAGACGAUGACGAUGCUGAGAAUCGGAUUCCGCCGCAUGAGUUUUUGGCUAGGCAGUUUGCGAGGACGAGAAUCGCUUCAUUCUCUGUUCAUGAAGGAGUUGGAAGGACUCUGAAAGGUAGAGAUCUGAGUAGAGUCAGAAAUGCAAUUUUCGAGAAAACUGGAUUCGAGGAUUAAUUUCAACCGAUCGAUCAAUCAAUCAAUCAAAUCGAUCUAACAACAGUGAGAAAUUCAAAUUACUACCUAUUUUUUUUUUUGGUUCAACAAUCUCAAAACUCUCGCGAGUUUUCCGGUUUUUUUUGUUUUUCUUUCUACCUAUUUUUGAGAUGGUGAAGCGGUUACUGAGUUACAGAUGCAUUGUAAUUCUAACGUUUAAUUUCGAAAUUUUGAGAAGAAAUCAAUUCGAAAAAAAAAAUUAAUAUUAUUAUUUUUGA